AUGGAAGAGAAAAUUAAUGGAGAAAAAAACAGAAUAAAACGAGUCUAUCGAGAGACAAGGAAGGAACAGAGGUUCGAGAGACAGAUGCAACAGAAUAGGGGACAGACGGGCGUUGAUAACCAAGACCUCAAAAGCAACAUUGUCGUCGUUGAGGUAUCUCCGUCGCCAACGUUGGCUCAAGCUUCUCUGAAGAUGUCGCAAAUACUGCCAUCGGUUUACUUAUCGACGUUUUCCGUCGCAUCUCUGCUACCAGUCGUUCUUGUAUUGUUGGACUACUUUGUGAAUCAGUCAGCGUCUACUUCAGGAUAUGACGAUCCUGAUUUGAAUCAGUAUCAGAGCAAAAAGCGAAUCGGAAUCGUGGGACUAGGAAGCAUUGGCUCGAAGGUAGCUACGAGGCUCAAGGCCUUUGGUUGCCAAAUUUCAUAUAGCUCAAGAAACAGAAAACCAUAUGCUGUUCCAUAUCAUUAUUACAUGGAUAUAGAGGAGAUGCAUGGAGUGAUCGUUAACGUGGCUCUUGGGGCUAUAAUCGAUGAGGAAGAGAUGUCUAAUGUUCCUAAGGAGCUUUUUGAAUUGGAUAAUGUUGUUUUCUCUCCACAUUGUGCUUUUAUGACAUUGGAAGGUCUUGAAGAACUUGGGAAAGUUGUAGUAGGGAAUAUUGAAGCUUUCUUCUCCAAUAAACCUCUUUUAACUCCUGUUCUUUGA